AUGUGGUUGAAAGUGCUUGUUAUAGCCAGUCUGGUCGGUCAAUUUCUCGUUGGAAGUAUGGCUUGCUCAAGUAUCGUGGCUUAUAGGAAAGGAGCGGCUGUUGUUAAGGAUGUUGUGGACACCAUAAACAGCCUGGGAAUUUUUCCAAAUGAUAAAAAGUUCCUCUGCCGUGUGGCCUGGGUCGAGUCGAGAUACGGAUUGGCACGUGGUACAUACAGGCGUGGUUACUAUGGCGGUAUUUGGCAGGUUAGGAACUAGAAACAAAUAGCCCUUUACAGAAUUUGAUCACGUGCCUGGCUAUCACUCAGCGACGGCUAGCUGAAUGGCAAGCCAUAUAUCCGAGCGUUAAUUCCGAUCUCAAAGCUUUGAACUGAAUGCGAUCGGGCAAGCAUUCCUAGUUUAAUUAUUCUAUUGAAUAUUAACAGAAAUGACUGGACUGCGUUUGAAUUAAACUAGGAAGGAGAGGAGGGCUUCGCCUGAUUGCACUCCCGCGGGGAGUUACUUGGGUUAAUCUUUGCUUGGUAUAUGUGCCUCUGAAUGCCCUACCCUAUUAUAGUCUAUUCUGUGGCCAAAUAUAGAUCCCAUCUCAAUCACUUUUGGGAAAGUGUAAUUUUCGCGAUCCCAACUUAGUAACUUUCUGUUCAUGCAUCUACUUUAUAAAUUCUUUUAACUACCUCAUCUUGAAAUGAAUUGACACAUUGGUUAAACUUAAUGAAGUAAAAAUCUUGCCAUUUCUAAAAUCUCUACCUACCUGAAUUUUCUCAUCCUCCAAAUCCCGAAAAUGUGCGAUCCCAUUCUAGUAACGCUGACGAAAAUGCAACUGCAUUAUAGUCAAUCCAGCCGUGAAAAUGCGACCCCAUCCAGCGGCACAUCCCCAUUAGCCUAUCACUAGGAAGCACCUCCCUGGGAUUGCACUCCACUUUAAUUUCAGUGAUCUGAAUGAUCACUCGAUCACACUCAAAGCUCUGCGAUAGGAAUGAUCGCUUGGACGGCUUGCCAUCCAGCGAGCCGUCAGCUAAGUUGUAUCCAAGCACGUGACUUCGUCCUGCAAAAGGCCUAUUGAAACAGUCACCAGGCCUAGAUUACAACUAGAACAAACGUCUGAAGUGGAAUUUCAUUUAUCAUUUAUUAGCUCAGUUGGGAGAGCACCGGUCUGACUAGCGAGGGGCCGGAGUCGUGGAUUCAAACCCAGGCCGGACCAACAACCAGGGUCUUUGAAACUGGUGAGAUCAUGCUGGCGGUGAUUUGAGACCUUGUCUCAGUUCAGAUGAUCGCGUCAUUGGGCGGUGGCGUUAAGCCGUUGGCCUUAAGUCUCCUUCAUCCUUCUUUUAUCAGUCAAAUCGAAGGGGACGUAAAAGAACCAAUACUACUGUUCGAAACGAUUAAGGGUAGCUUCCCCGGUGGUGUGGUCUUCCUUUCAAGCAUCACGUAUCACGCAUCAGGCAUCAGGCAUCACGCAUCAUUCAUAUCAUGGGCUGUGGGUAGGUUACAGUAAACUCAUAAAUGGACUGAUAGCGGCUGCCACUGGCGCCCCUGUAUGCUGAAGUCCGAGCUUACUGUUAAACAUGUUAAUAUAAAAUGUAACGAGGGAGCGUCUUGUUGUCCUCUAAUGAACGACAUUACAUUACAUUAUAUUACAUGACUGGUUAAUGAAGAAAAUUUUUUGGAUGAUUUUUUGAAUGUUUUUUAUGUAUAAAAACUAAGGGAAUGGGGGUAUUUAAAAGUUUGGAAAAUUAGAAAAUAUUGGAUUUGCGGGUUUUUAAAAAUCCAAAUAUGAUGUGGCAGUUCAAUGUACAUAUGACCAGAUUGUCCACUAGAUUUUCCAAACUGUUGUAAGGGUAUUCCCCCACCCCCCCCCAAAAAAACACAAAGACAGAAUGCCGCCUUAAUUCCCCCUCAUAUUCCACUAUAUGGCAGAACCUCAAAAGCAUUCCAAACUAGAUAGUUGUGCCCGAAAAGGGGACCAUUUUCAUGCUUCAGGGAUAUAAAAAGGGAGGACCGAUUUUUGCUAUGGGUACACUACGGAAAGUAUCUGUCCUUUAGUUCUGUAAAAAGUCCCAUAGUUAACAGAUAAAUUAAUUUAUAGUAGCUGAGAAAAAGUCCAGGAAACGUUCUUUUUAUUCAUAUUUUAAAGACAGACGAGUGCAUUUAUAUUAUUAGCUGUUAAAGGGAAUGCAACGUUGUAAUCUAGGUAUGUGAAAGAGGUACGGCCAAUUGUCAACAGAAGGUUCAACAAAAGGGAUACCUUUACUUUCAAAAAUGGUAUAUCAAAGAGGGUAAGGAGUUGGACCUCGGGGCAGGGCAUUCCCAUAUAAGAUUUUGUUAAGUAAUUCUCCUCCCCGCCCCCUCGGGCCAUUUGUAAAAAGAUGCAGACACUGACUCGUCUUCGGCCUAGAUACAAAAAUCCGGAUUUUUUUUAGCAUUUUUAGAGUCAAACGGGAUUUUUAGAAAAUUUUAGGAUUUUUAGACGAUAGUGUUUAGAAAUUCUACGGUUGUCAUAAUUUUGGCCUCGGUUAUGCCACUGAUGAAAUGUCAAACUUUACAUUACGAAGUGUUUGUUUGAAAAAUUAAUAUAUUAUCGAGACAAACCACUUACAUUGUCUAGUAAAUAAAUUAUCAUUUAGAAUCAGUUUGAAGGUGUUUGCAUUGCAUUCAAUUUGGCAACAAGACCUGUGGUCAAAUUGCACAGGUCACACGAAUUCCGCAUUGAAUGCAUAUUAUGUGAUUAUGUCGAAAAAACAUUGGAAAAAAUCGAGUUUUUUUAGAAUAAAUUUCGAUAUUUUUAGAAAUAAAAUUGGGAUUUAUAGACACUUUUUUUGAGAAUUUCCGGAUAGAUUUUUUGGCCAUUUUUCUGGAUUUCUGUAUCUUGGCCUAACCUAACCCGUCCCCAGUCGUCUCUCACAACCUCUCCCUUGUGGCGCGCAAGAUGUGAUGGGAAGGAGGAAAGCGACGGAGAGAGUCAUCCUCUCUUCUCCCUUCCGAUCACCCCCUGCUCCCCCAGUGUGCGUUACGCUCGAAGACGACUGAUGACGAGUCAGAUGCAGGCACGAAUUAUCCUGUUGGUCAGUCUAGACCAAACAGCCCUGUCAGUUUCGUUCAAUAUUGCAAUUGUUUAAUAGGUUGACAGAAUUGGUCAUCUGGAGACAGUCAGAAACGCUCGUUUGAGGAGAUACUGGUCUCAAAUCAAGGCCAAACUCGGAAUAGACUGGACCAAGACCAAGUGGCAAGACUUGGUGAAACCGCUGUAUUCUGGGCUGGCUGCGCGUUUGUAUCUUGUCAGGAUUCCCGCUGAGAUUCCCUCUAACCUGCAAUCGCAAGGCUGGUACUGGAAGAAAUACUACAAUACAGUGGCUGGAAAGGGAACAGUUACGAAAUUUAUUAAUGAUGUGAGACGAGCAAGUGGCUGUGCAGCGUAG